CCCUCGUCUUGAAGCCGUUAUCUUUUCUAGUUUUCCAAACUGGCCCAUCAGUUUUGGAUCUCAUACCCGCCGCCGGGGGCGGGAAGCUCCACCAGUACAAAAGAAAAAGAGAAAACUCAAGACGAGGAGAAAAAAACUACAUCUAAGGAACAACGUCAGCUAGAACACGAUAUUGCGGUCAAGGAACACCACCGAUCGCAAAGGGAACAGUGGGAGAUCCGGCAGUUGGAUAACGACCUGCUGCAGCAGAGACAAUCAGAGAGAGAUCGCGAAAGGGAACAGAAGGAAUUGGCCGACCUGCGUCUUUUGGUCGAUGCGGAACGGGAUGAUUCCAGCCUACAAUCACUAAAGAAAAUAUCGCCAGUAAAAAAAAGGUGUCGAGCUCCGAUAGCGAGCCUUGACUGUAUGGAAGAGUUUAGUGCUGGUAGCGCCCUCAGCGCGUUGGCGGAACGACCAGGAGAAAGUACCAUUACUAAGGAGCAACUUCUACUAAGCGGCCUUGCACACUCAGUUCCUGCAGCACCUCUUCAGUUAGCUAGGCAGACGUCAAUCACGCCUGGAUUGAGAUAUCGAAAUUUAGGAAAAAGCGGGUUGAGGGUGUCAAACAUCGGAUUAGGUACGUGGCCAACCUUCAGCCCGAACCUGACAGAAGAACAAGCCGAGCAAAUUAUUGUUCUUGCGGUUGAAAGCGGGAUAAACGUCUUCGAUUUAUCUGAAGCUCAUUCAG